AUGUCACAGGACAGACGUCGUUCUCCUCGUUUGAAUCCCGAUCCUCCCGAUGUCAGCACAACUUCAGACCCCAACCCUCAGAAAACGGAAAGGGGACAGGGCUCAGACUGCCAUCGGGAUAUAUCUCCCAAGCACGACGACGGAAAGGAAUCAGGCGAGCAGACCCCCCAGUAUGACACGUACGGAUCCGAUGAUGAUGACAUUGGUGGACGAUUGUAUUCUCCUGGGUAUAUGUGCCCUAUUGGGACGCGAUGGUAUCCUCCUAGUCAUGACGAUAUAGAGCCCGAUUGCUCUUUGUAUGAUCUUUAUCAGUGGAUCGGCAACCACGUGGAGGGGGAUGAUGUCGUCGGGGAAACAAUAUUGGCCAGUGAGAAGCAGGCAAUUAUGGACGCCUUGGACGGUUGGUGUCUUUACAAGAACUGGGAUUCGCUGGCCGAUGCUCUGCCACAAAGGUCUCUGUGGGCUAUGCCCGAAUUACUUGCCCGAGCCUUGGUUGCCAAGGAUAUCGUCGAGACGAUCAUGAAGAACCCCUUUCUCUACAUGGACUUAGGUGAUGAUGUUUCUGGUCGAGCCGAUGCUCUACCGCCACCUCUGGGACUGGAACUGUAUCUCCUGUGGCAAAAGCUUCAGAAAGUCGAUCGGGUUGCCGCACAUAAAUGGCGAGAACAGACUGUUCACCUCAUGAAUAAGGCGCUCCCCCACCAAAGGCCCAAGGACACAUUUGCAGGGGUACGAAGUCUGAGGCUUCGACGACGUAUUGCCAGACAGCUUGCCACCAAGAUGCUGGACAAGUCCAGCCCCCUAUAUCCUUUACUUCGGAAAGAUGUGGACGCCCAGACCAAGCUUGCGCUAUUUAAAUGGAUGCUGCGGAUCUAUCGCCAUGCAGCCGAGAGAUCGGUCAAAAUGUGGGUUGAUGAGCUCGGCUAUCAGUUCUAUACCGACAUCCACCAGAUUGGCCUCUACGACGAAAACAGCGAGCUCUACCAUAUGGAAUGGCAAACCUGGCUUACUUUCAAUGACAACAACCCGAAUGGCCGGAGAACGGUACUGCUUCUCGCACCACUCAUCUGGCAACUGCAGUUCGGCGUCGAACCCACUCCUCGGGAGGAAUUAGACGGCUUCUCGCCAGCUCCGGUGGAUGAGGAUGGUCAUCCGAAUGUGAUUGUUUGUCGCGGCCUGGUCGUGCUCUCGAAGCACGUUGAGUCGGAACAAACGGAGGAAGUCUAGUCAUGGCGUGGUGUCUUCGAUGCGCAAUUUUGUUGGUUUUGUUGCCGUAAUUUGCUUUUGCUUUCGGUUCAUACAUCUUAGCAUCGCUUGGUGGUCCCCUGUUAGCUGAUAGGGGUAGAUGUUGUCCAUUCCUUCGUUUCGGGUAUAUAUCUCUGUCUGUUCUAAUGAUCUUUGUGCGUGCGUAUCGAAGAGUCAAGAUGUUUGUGAUGCCUGAUUUAUGUUUCAGCUCUGGAUCAGGAGAAAAGUCUUGCGACCUGAUGUCUCUUGCCAUGAAAUUUUGUAGAGUAUCUGAGAAGAUAUUUGAAUCGUAG